AAAAAAACACAGCCAGUAAGAUUCACCAUCAGAUCAGACUAACAACAUCCACUGACAGAGGACAGCUAGAGGAGGGAAUAUUGUUAUACUGCCACUUCAACCUGCUCCAACACCAACCUCUGAAUCUUCACACAGAGAGAAAAUGUCACACCGUUCAGAGGAGGAUCUCUCCUGUCCUGUCUGCCGUGACAUCUUUAAAGAACCUGUUGUCCUGUCAUGUAGCCACAGCUUCUGUAAAGACUGUCUGAAGAACUGGUGGAGAGAGAAACAAAUACAAGAGUGUCCAGUUUGUAAGAGGAAAUCAUCGAGGAGUAAACCACCCUGCAACUUGGUCUUAAAGAAGCUGUGUGAGACCUUUGUACUAAAUGGAGAGACCAGAACUUCAGCAGGGUCUGAGCCUCUCUGCAGUCUGCACUCUGAGAAACUGAAGCUCUUCUGUCUGAACCAUCAGCAACCAGUGUGUCUCAUCUGUCUGCAUUCAGACACACAUGCUGGACACAAAUUCAAACCUAUUAAUGAAAUUAUACAGGAUCACAGAGAGGAACUUCAGGAAUCCCUGAAGCCUUUACAAGAGAAACUGAAGCUGUUUGAACAAGUUAAAGGAAACUGUGAUCAAACAGCAGAACACAUUAAGGUCCAGGUCCAACACACAGAGAGGCAGAUUAAGGAGCAGUUUAAGAAGCUUCACCAGUUUCUACAAGAGGAAGAGGAGGCCAGGAUCAGUGCUCUGAGGGAGGAAGAGGAGCUGAAGACUCAGAUGAUGAAGGAGAAGAUUGAGGCUCUGAGCAGAGAGAUAGCAGCUCUUUCACACACAAUCAGAGCCACAGAGGAGGAGCUGAGAGCUGAAGACGUCUCAUUCCUGCUCAACUACAAGGCUGCAGUGAAAAGAGUCCAGCAGCGCCCCCUGCUGGAGGAUCCACAGCUGGUCUCAGGAGCCCUGAUAGAUGUGGCCAAACACCUGGGCAACCUGACCUUCAACGUCUGGAACAAGAUGAAGGAGAUGGUCUCCUACACUCCUGUGAUUCUGGAUCCAAACUCUGCUCAUCCAGACCUCGUCCUGUCUGAAGAUCUGACCAGUGUGAGACUUGGUGAGAGACAGAAGCUUCCUGACAAUCCAGAGAGGUUUGACUACUUCCGCAUUGUCCUGGGCUCUGAGGGCUUUGACUCAGGGAAUCACAGCUGGGAUGUUGAGGUUGGAGACAGUGGAGACUGGUUUCUGGGUGUGACAGCACAGUCUGUCCAGAAAAAGGGAAAACAUCCGUCUUGUUUGUGGAGAAUAGGGUACUUUGAUGGUAAAUACAUAGCACGCUUCUUAUCAGAUCCCUCCACUGUUCUUUCAGUGAUGAAGAAGCUCCAGAGGAUCAGAGUUGAUCUGGACUGGAACAGAGGAAAGCUGUCCUUCUUCGAUCUGGACACUAAUAUGCACAUAUACACCUUUACACACACUUUUACCGAGAGGGUGUCUCCAUACUUUAACACUGUAAAUAUACACCCACUGAAGAUAAUACCAAUAAAGGUCUCUGUACGGCCGUGUUCAGACAGACAUUAACACUGUCUGAAAACCCUCAUUCACUUACAUGACACCACUGUACAGGCUCAGUGUGGGUGCCAACGCUGAGGGCUCAGGUAAAAAAAAAGAACUUGAACUUGUAGUCAAGUUUGACUGCAAUACAGUGCAACCUCAUCCAACAAUGCACUGCAACCACUAGAUCAAAUACAUGCAAGACCUAAACCAGUCUGCCAUGACUGCAACGGUGGCAGUGCUCCUGAAGAACUUACGGGUCUGAAAUGUGUCACUAAAAUGAUUUUAGACAGUUGCAAGGUUCAGUUGUUAAGUUAUUAGUUCAUAUAUAAAACUGAUAGAUGUACAGAUGUAUAAAGUGAUUUAAAUGUCUAUUUAAGUGAUGCUAUUCAAAGUAUUGGAAACAGCAUUUUUACAGUUAGAAUAUGUUAAGUACAUGUCAAUUAUUAAUUUUGUUCCAUUAUUCUGUCUGUAGAUUAUUCAUGAAUGUGAAAAUAAAAGUAUUCUUUAACUUGAACCUACUUUAAUUCUGUUAAUCUUGUCUUCCUAACAUAUUUCAUUGCAAUUAACUUGACUGUUUCGUCACUUAAAGGGUUAAUACUUUUUCACAUGGGAGAUUAAGGUAAAGCACCAAUAAUAAAAUGAAACUUGAAACUUGUUUUUUGUGUAUCACAGUUAACACAUCAGCAUUUGGCAGUGGUCUG